AAAACUGAAACCGAGAGGGAUGUUGAUGUUUUCAUAUUAACAGAUGCAAUUCUUUUUAUAUUAUCAAAAUGUAAUGAAAUAUUGUUAAAAAUUUAAAACAAAAUCUUGACUUCUUCAGAAGCAAAAAUAGAUUUUAAAAGAAGCAAUUGCUGGAUUUACAAAUGAUUACUCUUGAAAUCCAACCUAGAAUUUUUCAAAUUGUUUGCAAGUGGAAUAAAAUAUUGUAUAGCUAUAGUAUUCUGUACCGAGCUAACCAUUAAAAUACAGGCAUGGAUAACUAGAAAACAAAGUUGAGCCUUUUAACUUUGUUUUGAAUCUCAUAAAGACAUUUGCAAUUUUUCUGCUCUAUUUUCUUGAAACAGAAUAUUGACAUGACUAGGAAAAAUAAAAUAGCCGUAGGAGAAGAUUUUCGCAUUGCAAUUCAUAUAGUUGUCAAAAACUUUCGUCAAAAUGACGAACAGAAAGAAUAUGAAUUUCCUUCUUCACUAAGUGCAACUGAAAGAGCCUAUGUACAUCGUUAUACUCAAAGCUUAGGAUUAAAGUCUAAAAGUCGAGGGGAAGGAGCAAAUAGAUUUCUUACUGUGUAUAAAAAAGAAGGUUCUACAAUUGUGCAGGCAGAUGCAGUUUUUGAGUUGGGACAUAUUUCACGUAGACAUACUCUGUCUUUAUUACAAAGAUUCCCUAUCACUGCUAGAGAAAGACAAGAACUUCUUCCUCCUACUGAAAGGGAUCGCAUUUUAGGACAAGAAUUAUUUAUCCUAGCAGUUCGAGAUGUGAAUCGUAACAUAGGAAGACUUGGUAGUGGUAUUCCUAUGGUUCCCCCGCGCAAAUGUGAUAAUGAAUUUACUGCUUUUCGUCAGACUUUACCAAUAUGGAAUUGUCAGGAAGAGAUCAUACAAAUGAUAACUUGCCACCAAGUUGUAAUCAUUUCUGGUGAAACAGGAAGUGGAAAAACAACCCAGGUCCCACAGUUUAUAAUGGAUCAUUGUAGUAUGGUUGGUCAGCCUUGUCGCAUAAUAUGUACACAGCCUCGAAGAAUAGCAGCUAUAACGGUUGCUGAAAGAGUUGCUCUUGAAAGAGAUGAUAAAAUUGGCCAAACUAUUGGGUAUCAAGUACGUCUAGAGAGCAGAAUAUCACCAAAAACAUUGCUUACAUUUUGUACUAAUGGUGUACUUUUACGCACACUUAUGGGUGGAGAUGCAUCAGUAGCAACAGUAACUCAUAUACUUGUGGAUGAACUUCAUGAAAGAGAUCGAUAUAGUGAUUUCUUAUUAAUUGUUUUGAGAGAUUUGAUUUUAAAAUUUCGAAAUCUAAAACUCGUACUCAUGUCGGCAUCCUUAGAUAUGCAGUUAUUUUGCAAGUAUUUCAGCAACUGCCCUAUUAUUGAAGUCCCAGGUAGAGCUUUUGAAGUUAAAACAUUUUUCCUUGAAGAUAUUUUAAAAGGAACUGGAUAUACUAAUCCUGCCAUGAUAAAAUAUAUAAAAGAUAUUGAAAAACAGAAAUCAAGGAAAAAAUUGGAAUCAUGGUGUUCUGUCCUAAAUUCUGAAGCAAUUGCUAAUUCUGCUGAUGAUGCACCAUCUGAAACAGGAAAAGGCUUUUAUCAAGAUCUUGGCUUAGAUAGUCUUUCGUUGCAUGACAUUGACAAUGAAAGAGAACCUACCUCACAUUUAACAGCAGCUGUGGAUAAAGUUAUUGAAGAUGUUUGGGUGUCUGGAGAGGAUGAUUUUUCUUAUUUAAUGCAGUUGAUAUUGUCUGAGAAUGUAUCAGUGGAUUAUCAACACAGUGAAACACUUGUAAGUCCAUUAAUGCUAGCAGCUGGUAGAGGUAAUAUAGAUGUUGUUGAACAAUUGUUAGUUCUUGGUGCAAGCAUUCAUAUUAAAUCUACCAAUGGAUGGACUGCUGUUGAUUGGGCUAUUCAAUUUGGUCACAAGGAAAUUGCUGAACUUCUCACUACUAAUCAAUGGAAAACUGAAAAUUCAGAACAGAAAUCAAAUAAUGCUCUUGAUGGACAGUUAGAAAUUCAAGAAGAAGACAAAUUACUUUUGGAUGCUUAUACCCAUAGUGUAGAUGAAGAAAAAAUUGACCAUGACUUAAUUUUAUGCCUCCUUUCUCGUAUAUAUGCCAGUCACGAAGAAGGUGCUGUACUAAUAUUUCUCCCAGGAUAUGAUGACAUUGUAACUCUUAGAGAUAGAAUAAUUAGUGAAAAUGAAACUAAGCCUGAAAUCAGAGUCAUGCUGUUUACUCUCCAUUCACAAAUGCAAAGCUCAGAUCAAAAACGUGUAUUCAGACCAGUCCUACCAGGAGUACGAAAAGUAAUACUAUCAACCAAUAUAGCAGAAACCAGUGUUACUAUUAAUGAUGUAUUAUUUGUUAUUGAUUGUGGUAAAGUUAAAGAAAAAUCUUAUGAUUCAUUGACUGGAGUUACUCAUUUAAAAGCUGGAUGGAUAUCAAAAGCAAGUGCUAUUCAGCGCAGAGGCAGAGCUGGACGCUGUCGACCAGGUCUUUGUUAUCAUUUGUAUAGCAGAGCUCGAUUUAAUAGUUUCCAAAAAUUCCAAGUUCCUGAAAUUCUCAGAGUUCCCAUUCAUGAACUGUGCUUACAAGCGAAACUUCUUGCUCCUCCCAAUGCACCUAUAGCUGAUUUCUUGGCUAAAGCUCCAGAUCCACCACCUUUUAUGGUGACCAGGAAUGCAGUUACUCUGUUAAAAACCAUAGAUGCUCUUGAUCCUUGGGAAGAACUCACAGAAUUAGGUCUUCAUCUUUUAGAUAUGCCUAUAGAACCUCGAUUAGGAAAGAUGAUUCUUUAUUCUGUAGUUUUAAAAUGUUUAGAUCCAGUUUUGACAAUUGUAUGCUGCUUAGCAUAUCGGGAUCCUUUUAUCCUUCCUUCUCAACCAGCUCAAAAAAGAUCUGUUGCAAUGGCUAAAAGAAAAUUUUCCUGUGAUACCUUUAGUGAUCAUAUGGUUUUGUUAAGAGCCUUUCAGGCAUGGCAGAAAGCUAAGGUAGAGGGCCACGAAAGAACCUUUUGCUCUAGAAAUUUUAUUUCUCAUGCAACAAUGGAAAUGAUUGUUGGAAUGAGGUCACAGCUGCUUGGCCAACUCAGAGCUUCAGGUUUUAUUAGACCCAGAGGAAGUGGUGAUAUCCGUGACUUAAAUAGCAAUUCUGAAAUUUGGGCUGUUAUUAAAGCAGCUCUUUGUGCUGGUACAUAUCCAAAUUUAAUCCGUAUCGACAGAGAUCGCCAACAACUCAUAACACAGAAAGAAAGCAAAGUUAGAUUUCAUCAUUCAUCUGUUUUAAACAAAUUACCAGUUUCUGCUAAGCAUUCAGUUGCUGCUUUGCGUAAGCAGAUGAUGGCAGAAAUGCCAUGUGAUUGGUUAUUUUAUGAAGAAAUGAUGCGUACUGGAAGUAUAGCCCAUGCACAUUGUUGUACACUUGUGACACCAAUCACUGUUGCAUUGUUUGCUGGACCUGCUAGGCUUCCUCUUGAUGCUCUGCAUGAACCUGAUCAAGCUCGUUUAGAAGGCUAUAUGGAGGAAGGUGACAGUGAAGAUGAUUCUAAAUAUGACAACCAGAAGGCGAUGUUCAAAAUAGAUGAUUGGAUUUCAUUUAGGGUAGAACCUGAGAUUGCUCGUCUAGUCUUACAGCUUCGUCAGAAAUGGCAUGCACUGUUCUUAAAGCGCAUGCAUGCUCCAACAAAAGGCUUAACUCAGGCAGAUGAGACUGUAAUUCGUACAAUUGCUGGUGUACUAGUAGCAGAAGAUCAAGCACUGCAUUUACAGCAACCUAUUGGUAUUGGUCAGAGGCCAAGACCUUUAAUGUCUGACUACACAUCUCCUGUUCACCUAAGAAAACCAAUGUCAGCUAGUCCAAACCACAGAAGUCCCAGUUAUUUUAAUCCAAAUAAUCUGUAUCAUUCAUCUGGCUUAUCAUGUUAUUCCGAUGAAAUGCCAGGCAUGUCUAAUGCUGCCACAUCUCCUUCAAGUUAUAAUUCUUCAUUUAGUAGCUGUAGUCAGCAAAGCAGUCCAAUGUCCAUGCCUUUCAAUCCAGUUCAAAUGUCUUCAAAGCAAGAAUUUUCUCAGCCUUGUGUCACUAAUUCCAGAAUUCGAUAUUUUAUUAUAAAAGCAAAUACUUCAAGAGUUGUGGAAGUUUCAAUGGCAAAGAAUAUUUGGGCAUUUACAGCUACAACAGAACGGAAAUUAAUGUCAGCUAUGAAAGAAGGAAAAGAAGUUAUUUUAAUAUUUUCGAUACAAGGAAGUGGGCAUUUUCAAGGAUUUGCUCGUUUUACACCUCAUCUUUCAGACCAACGUCCUCCUGAAUUCAGUGCAGCUAAUCUUGGAACAUGUUAUCAGAUUGAAUGGAUUAAAAAAGCGAAUAUCCCUUUUCAAAGUACUCGACAUCUACAAAAUGCUUGGAAUGAAAAUAGAAAAGUUCAGAUAUCACGAGAUGGGCAGGAACUAGAACCAAGUGUUGGUGAAUCCUUGUGCAAAUUGAUAGUAAAAGGGCAACCUGUUUUCACAGCAGAUAGUAUGAAGUCUAGUAAGAGGAAUAUGGUAUAUAGCAGAGAAAAUUUUUCUGAUUCUUCUCCUCUAACCAGAAGUCAAAUGCAGUGGGAUCAAAAUCUGCCUUCUUCCUCAUCGUGGAAGCAAAAAAAGCCACGAAGGAGAAAUCGUGCUAAAAAAUCUCAAACGGAAACUAAAGGAUAGUUUCAUUGUUCCAAUGAGGGAAAAUAAUAGGAUUUUUUUUCCCCAAAAUAAUUUAUGUAAAAAUAUUAAGUUCUACUUGCAUGGUUUAUUUAUUUAUUUGUUAUGUUAUACUUUUGAUAAUAAAGCAGCUAUUUUAAUUCCAUAUUAUUUUUUUAUUUCUUUCAUAAUAAAUUAUAAUUUUGGCAUCUUUUUUAUUUUAUUUUCAUUAAAUUAUUGUUAACAGCAAUGUUUAUAUUUUAGACUGCUGACUGAAAUAAAUUUAGUGAUAGCAAAAAAGAUUUCUUAUUCAUGUUCCGUCAUUGUAACUAAUAAAUGAAAAAAGACAAACAGAAUGAUUGCUUUUGUUUAAUGUCCUUUCCUUUCAUGGGGAAAGGGAAAUUUUAUUUUAAUGAAAUGCAACUGUUAUUUUCCCAUGUAACUUUAAUAUCCAAAAUGAAUCCAAUAAAACAAUCAUCAUGUUAAUUUAAACUGAAACAAAUAACUUAUUUUAUGAAUAUUAAUGGUUUUGACUGCAAAAACUUUAAGGGGAGGAGGGAAACAUAAUAUACAGAUCUUAGGUAAUAUCUUUCUUUCUUGACUUCCAUAUGCAUGAUAGAAAAAAAUAUCUUAAGCAAUGGAAUAAAGCAGUUGAAAUAUGUACACUGUAUAAUUUAUGAUAUAUAUAGUUUAAAAAAAAUUCUUGAUGUUUAAAAAAAAAUGUGCUACAAAAGAGAAUAAUUGCAUUGAUAUAUUUCAGAAACAUUUCUUAACACAUUAUAUUUAUAAAAUGUUCUGAACUUCUGCAGAAUACUAAUAAAGAAGUUUUAUGAUUACCAAUUAGAUUUGAAUGUGCCAAAAGUGGAGUUUUAUAGUUUUUAGAGGCAAUGAUUAGGUCUGCUGGCAGAUCUAAGAAUCGUUAUGUAACUAAGAGAAAACAUAAAAUUUUAAUGCAGUAGCAUAUUUUAUGAUAGAAGAAAUAAAAAUGAUUCAGAUAUAUUUUUCUUAGGAGUAAAUUUGGUAUUUUAAUCCUAAAGUAAGCAACACGUUUGUACCAGAUAUUCUCAAAGUACAUUUGUAAUAAAUUAUAUAAUUAAUUAUAUUUUUUCUUUAAAAGAUCUUGCUAUCUGAUGAGAAAUAGUAUAAUGAUAUAUAAAACAUCAAUUUUGUGAAAAUCAUAAAUGCAAUAAAGUUGAUUGAUAUUAUAUAAAUUUUUCUCUCAAGUUUUAUAAUGAAAUUUAUUUAGAUGAUCUUUGAUGAUUAAUAUCUAGUGUUGAGUUACAGUUUAUUGGAAAUAGACUUGGCAAUUGCAAUUUUCCUGGAGGAACAUUCAUAUUUUAAUAGAUGCAUACCCUAUUCUUCCAACAGUCAAAUCAUGAGUAAGUUUAAUGUGUUUUAGGAGCAUUUGCACUUCAUUAUUUUGUUGCAAUCAAAACUCAUUUGAUGGAGAUCUUUAAAGUAGUGAAUGUUAGUUUUUAAAGUAAUCUAUAAGUAAAAUCAAACACUGAUUUUGGCUCGUUUGAUCUUUAAAUAAGAAAUAAAAUUGUUAUAGAAAUAUGCACACCAUAUGCAAUUUUAAAAAACUUUUUUUUCUUCUUUUUUUUUUGUGCGUGUGCAUGUGAAAAUUUUUUCAAAAGUUAUCAAACACACUAAUUUCAGUUCACCUCUUGAAUAUGUCACACAUUAUCAUACUUAGUAUUGCAAUUUUUUUUUUUUUUUUUUUUUUUUUUUGUUCUGAAUCUUUAAUGACUUUGUCAAGUUUUUCUUUUUCUUUCCUCCUAUGUUAGUUUGUUAGCGAGACAGAAAAAUAAGCGAUAAUUCUGUGUUGUAUUUUAUGUACAUCUGAAAGGUCCAUAAUAUCAAAACAGUAUUUCAAGAAAAUUUUUAAAAACUAAAUGAUGUGGAAUCUAUUAUUCAUUACUGUGUAAAUAUUUUGUGUUUAAAUUAUUGAACUUCAAAUGUUAAGUGUUUAAUAUUAUAUAAAUAAAGGUGUGUUUAAAACUGA